GCCUGAGGGAGCUCGAACGAGGCGGGAAGCGGCGGAGGGAGCGGCACGGCCGGUGGGCGAGCGGCGGCGGGAGGGCCUGGCCCCGGUCAUCGGCCCCGGUAUGCGACACUAGAGCGGGCGGAGCGGCCCCGGCGCCUCGGGUAACGGCGCGGCAGGCUGCGGCUACGCUGGGCCUCCUGUGUGAACCGGCUUCCCCUCAGCUCCGGGCUCGGCCUUCCCGCCUACAGCAAGGCCUCUCUCCCCCAAGGCCUGCGUUUCUCUUUUUUUUCCCUUCCCGGCUUUCGUCCGCCACCAUGUCGGUCAAUCCCAUGGCCUACGAAGCCCAGUUCUUCGGCUUCACCCCCCAGACGUGCAUGCUACGCAUCUACAUUGCGUUCCAGGACUACCUCUUCGAAGUGAUGCUGGUGGUUGAGAGCGUAAUCCUGAAGAAACUGGACGGGUUUCCCGGCUGUAAAAUCAGCCCCUUACAAAUCCGGAAAAGCACAGAGAAAUUUCUUCUCUUCAUGAAGGAGCACCUUGACAAACUCUUCAGUAAAAUGGAAGAAGUGCUUCUGCAGCUGGUGUUAAACAUCCCUAAGAACGUGCUCCUUCCCGAGGACAAGGUCCACGAGCAGUAUCCCUACAGCAAAGAGCAGCUCGAGGCGCUUCAGGAUGAGAUCCAUCAGCUGCAGAAGCAGUACAGGGCUGAGGCGUCUGCUGGGCAGGCGCUGCGAGCAGAACUGGAAGAGCAGAAGGCUGUUCAGGCAGAGCUUGAGAAAAUUUUGCAGUGGUUUGAUGGGCUUGAGAAUACCUGUAGGGAGCACGGGACCGGAAACUUCAAAGAAAGCUUUGCUUUCUUGACCCAGAACGCUAAGAGACUGCAAGAUGUGCUGAAAGACGUUGAGGAGAAAAGCAAAAAAAUAAAGAAGCAUGAUCAGUUAUUGUAAUGGAAAUUCCAAAAAGGCAAUAAAAAUCAGACAGUGUGCUUAAAAUGAUGGGGUCUUAUCUUUCCAGAAGCAUCUCCCUAAUCUCUGACUCCAAUCCUGUCAGGUUCUAGACUAAAAACUGUUGAACUGUGUCAGUUUGCACCCACUGAGCGCCUUCCUGGGGAAGCAGGGGAGAAAAACUAUAAAAUGUAUCUCUGAAACUGGUGUUUGGGAAUAAAUCUGGGGCUGCUUAACCUGGCUGUGCAGGUACCUUUCAGACCUUAAGAACGUUAACUUUGAACACCACAGAGCAUUUGUUUAUUUUAAGGAUUAUUUUUUUAAACAAAAAAAAAAAAAGAGAAGAUCAUCUCAGUGAGAGCUGUAAGGAUGUGUGAGCGCGUUUCCAGCCUGACGCUGUUGGGGGGGCGAGCAGAUGCCCCUGUCGGGAUGUGGGGAGGUUGAGCGGGCGCCCGGGGGAGCUGCGCUGCGCGGGCAGCGCCUCGCCGAGGCCGCGGCGCCGUUCCCUGCGUCCUGGGAGCCAACGACUGGGAACUGCACGGGGAAGAGUGAGAUGGUGACGCUGUUGUCCAGGUUCUGAGGAGAAACAGCUCUGUUUGCAUCAAUACUGAAUUUCAACCCAAGUUCUGAAAUGUCAGGGUUGGUUACCGCUCCGCGUGCGUUUGCAAAGAGGCGGCCUGUGUUUUCGUUAAGCAGGGUGCGGGUGCUGCUCCACAGGCCGACAAUACAGAAGCCACUGGAGGAAAUGAGCAACUUGAUCACCUUGUCCUAAUUUAGCUUUAUGUUGCUUUAUAUGUAUAUAUUUUAUUUCUUCAGUUUUAUUUUUGUUGUCCUCUUUCUAUUAAAUAGCAAAGUUAAUUUUAUUUGUGCUUAAUGAGAUUUUCCUGUGAAAGUGUUGUGCAUGCUGACUGAUACGCUUGAGUUCUUUGAAGUCACUUAAUUAAGCUUAUUCCAGCUGUACUUGAUUCGAAAUACAUCACCAUCUCUGCGCAUCUUUCCCGUGGCCUCAGCAGGUUUUGAAUCUCCUGUACAGACGUAUCAUGAAAUAUCAGUACUAAUUUCUGCUUUACUAGUGUAGAUGUUUGAAAGUCAUUAAGCUUAUGAAUAAUUUAGAGGUUACUGCAAUAAAAAAAAAAUGUAUUAAAAGCA